GUCACAUUAAAGAUUCGUUCAAAACGCUAAAACGCACAUCAGUACUUUCGCUUUGGGUCUCGGUAUACAUGUAAAUCCUAAGGAAUAUAUUUGCAUUCUGACCAGAAUCAUGUGCUCAGGUCUGCGUUCAGCUGUUCCUCUAGCUGUGGUUGUUGAGGAGAUCCUACUGAAUCUGCCUGCUCAUCAGGUGGUGCGAGUCUGUCGUCUGGUGUGUCAUGAGUGGAAGGAGCUGGUGGACAGUGCUGCACACUGGAGAGAGCGCUGUCGGAGAGAGGGGAUCCAGCCACAAGAUGUUUCCAGACCACCAGACAACUGGUGCCAGUUUUACUUCUUAACUAAGAAACGACGUAACUUGCUCAAGAAUCCCAGGGCAGAAGAUAAACUUCAAGGAUGGACGAUUGUACAGAAUGGAGGUCACCGCUGGGUGGCAGAGGAAAAUAGGAAACCAUUUCCGGAUGAGACGGUCACAAAAUGUUUUGUAACUUCUUAUGGGUUAUGUAUGAAGCAACAGCUGAUAGAUUUGAAGAAAGAAGGCUACAGUGAUGCUUUCAUGGAUCAACUACAACCUCAUAUCAAAAUAUCAGACUGGUAUGCCCCACGCUUUGAUUGUGGUUGUCAGUAUGAGAUCAGUGUGGAGUUGCUUGAUCGGAGGAAAAACCCCAUCUGUACUUUUCAGCCUCAGAAAGUUUUUUUUCAACAGUGGAAUGAUGAGCCGUGGUGUCAAAUGAUACAUGUCUUUAAGGAUUAUGGACCUGGGGUUCGGUUUAUCCAUUUCACCCAUGGAGGGGUGGAUACACAGUUUUGGGCAGGCUGGUAUGGGAUACGGGUCACCAACAGUAGUGUGGAGAUCUGUCCAGCUAAAGAGUGAUAGUGUCUUACUGCAUUCUUUUUUUCCCUUAAAUUAACAGGCACAAAGGUGCACAAAGGAUUUAUAAUGAUGCAAUAUGCCAUAAAGGAGACAUAUAACAUUACAAAGCGCUGGGGUGUAUGUACUUGGUUCCAAUAAACGCUGUAUGUUACACUGUUAAAA